GCACCAAUGGUAAUUUUGCGUUCGUUUGUUAAGUAGGCAAGAGUAAGAUUGAAACUCAUUCGACAUCAAGAAACGAAACUCUUCUGCGUGUUUGAGACAAUACAUGAUGAUCGUCUCGUACAUUUUAGCGUUUUGUGUUGGCGUCACAGUGGCUAAAGAUGGCUCGAAUUGUUCUUCAAAAAAUGAUCUACCGUUUCUGAUCGAGAGGGUAGCUGGGUACAACAGAAGUACUUCAGAACAAGCGAUAACCGACUUUUACCUAAACGAGGGCUGGUACAGCAUACCCGGCUUCACACUCUCAUCCGAUCCAUUAAACAAAUGUGGAUCUCACAACUUUUGGUAUAUGAAAGGUAGAGCGCUACCUGGAACGAACACGAUAUCCACAAACACUGUUUGCUUUGCGGAUGGAUCUGAUUGCACAUUCUCAAAACAGAUCAAAGUGAAACGUUGUUCGGCAAACGACUACAGAUUUUAUCUUCCUCCUACUGACGCAAGCGACGAGGCAUAUUGCACUUCUCCGUUGAAUGCUUCCGGUGUUGUCGAUCCUGUACCAAACGUGACUUACAUAAAACCAAAGAUCGAAGUUCGUACUACUGAAGCUCUCAUGCUUGAGUGUACAUGUAACUUUACUGUAAAACCCGAUGACACAAAGUUGUUGUACACAGUCGAAUGGACGAUAACGGACACCAGUGGAAAAAUUAAACACCUACAAACGACGACGUCAAACAAAAGCGUUGACAAACAGUUCGUCGAUGAAACAAAAUUAACGGAAAGCACUCUUAUUAGCAACGGGAUCGAUACAUUAGGUUUUCGUAUAAUGUGUUCUGUCCGCGUCAAGUCUUCGAUGGAUGGGCGGUACAGCCCUGCGAUGAGCAGCGAUAGUACAUUUUUGGGAAUUGAGGUACUUUCGGAACCUGAGAUACGUCUUGUGGGGAAUGAAAAAGUCAACAUAAGUGUUCGGCUUACGGUUCCGUUCCGUUGUAGAACAGAAUUAACACAUUGUACCUAUGACUUCUUGCUUUUCAUCCCAGUCGAUUAUGGGUCCUGCAAUAGUCAGAGCAUAAGAACAACAGAACGAGACAAUAACUGGAUAUGCGGAGCAAGAUUUGGAAAACAAGAUGUGGAUACAAUCAAAAACAUUACCAUUGCAAUUUUCCAUGGUCAUACGUCAAACAACAUAAUUGGCAAAAUGUACAAUGUUUUCUUUCGGACAAGAAGUUUAGUUGGCAAUAGAUUAUUUUCAGACUACGUCCCGGAUCCUAUACGGAUACAAUCCGUGGUUGAUUACAAAACAGUUUCCAAUGCUUUGUGCUAUUCGCAUGGUGAUCCACAAGUCAAAGCCUUUGAAGCAAGAGAUUCAUGUCAAAUCCAAGAGGCUGGAAUUUUCAUGUUAUACCGAAAUAAGGAGUACAAUAUUGAGGUUCAUACCAAUCAUACAUCAUGUGGGCGGUAUGGGUAUUGUAAUAUCGCUGUAGCUAUCUGUGUUGGUCGAGACGUGUACGUUUUUGACUUAGCAAAUCAUCAAACAGCAUUUACUAGGUGCGACGAUAGAGUAAUGGCUGGCAAAAUUCUUAGAGAUGGACAAUAUAGAUACAAGAUAUUACUUCCGACUGGCGCAGAAAUGACUAUAAAUGUAGGAAGUUUUCUACAGAUUGAUAUAAAACCUGGCCUUCGUGACUUUGACAAAACGGACGGACUGUGUGGAAAAUUCGACAACGAUUCUAAAAAUGAUGUUGAUUUAUGUAAAACAUCCGGAAGCUGGAAGAUUGAUGCAAAGGAUAGUCUCUUCAACGAAAAAUACGUGCAGAGCUUGCAAGGCUGGUCCGAGAAGCUAAACUUAUGCACGUGCAACUGUGAUUAUACGAAAGACUGUCCGCUCAGUGACACAAUCACUUGUAGUCCAGAUUCGCGGGAAUGGUGCAAUAUUAACUUGUACAAGAAUGUGAGCCACGGGCUGUGCUAUAUCGGACGCCACAAACGAAGUGCAGAUGUUCACAGACGCCAUGAAUUUCAGUUGGAAGUUGGUCAAUCAAAGAAAAACAUUAAACGCCCUCGUCGUGAAGUAACGCAAGGACCAAUUGAUUUGAAUGCUGCAAGAAGCAUUUGCCUGCGGGAAAUGAACACUUCAAUCGUGCAGAUCUGCUCAAGACUUCCGGGACUUGACGUGGGGUCGUAUUAUGAAGACUGUGCAAGGGACUUUAUGGUAACAAAUUCCCACGAAUGGGUACAUCAACAUAUUGAAGGCUUGAAGCAGAAAUGCCUGCACUUUGUAGAGGUCAGACAACCACUGCCCCAACAUGUACUAGAACACGUUUAUAUGGUCCAGGAAAUUCAUACGAAUGGUACAAACGAUAACUCGUUCUUUGAUUCAGACCUGCUUAAACGAAUAAAAGAUGCGUCUUGCCCUAACGAGUGCAGCAAAAAUGGACACUGUGUAAAUGGCGAAUGUAAGUGUCAAAAUAGCUAUAUAGGCGAGGAUUGCUCCAAACUGUACAGUGAGUCCCCAGAAAUGAUUGGCAUACCAGACAAUGGGCUGUGCGAUCUGGCUGAGAGACCUUGUGAACAGACCAUGGUUAUUGGACGAAAUUUUGUGGAAUCAUACAAUCUCUCUUGUAAAUUAGUACCAUUAAAGGUAGACCAAGCUAACCAAGUGCAAAGAGGCAAUCCAGAUAUACAAAUGGCAAAGAUGGACACGUUUGCACAAGUACUGUGUCCUUUAACACAAAACCCGGACAGAAAACGGCGUUUCGCUCAGUUUGACAUUUACACCCUUACAAUCGGCUACUUCAUCUCCAUUAGCAACAACCGUGAGAUUUUCAGCCAAGAAGACUCCAUCGUUAUUUUUAAUUCGGUGUGUUUGAGUUGCACAAAACAAGCAGGCCUGAUCCAAUGCAAACAAAAGUCAGGAUAUUGUGCUCACGAGGGGCGAUGCUACAUGGAAGGUGAUAAACUGGACUGCUUCACGUGUCAGGGGUCUCCUCUCGCUUGGAAACCAGGAAAAGAGUGUCGCCCUCCUGCAAAAGUCAAAAGUGACGACAAACUAUGGAUCAUAGGAAUGGUUACUGCGGUCCUUUUUGUGCUCGCAGUGAUUAUAGUGAUGGUCUAUAAGUGUAUUAGCCCAAAAAUGAAGGUGAAUGUUCUCCAACAGCGUUAUGGCAGUCCGGAGCUCCCAGCAAAGACGGCAUAUAGAACCAAAUUCAACUAGAAGAAAAACACGAGGAUUGAACAUCAACACACGUAUAUAUUUAUGAUAUAUGCUGGUACAACCGUGUAAUGCUUAACAUUAGCACAGAAGUUUCAUUGACUGCUAUCCGUGUGUCUUUUACAUUAUUGUACUCUUCUAUAAUGUUUUCAUCUUAUGUUCUUCUAUGAAAUACUAUUUUGGAAUCAUCGUAGUUGUAGAUAUUUGUAUAUUCAUAUUACUUAACUAUGUGAGUUUAAAAAAGCUGUAUCAUAUGUUUUAACUGUCAAUCUUUUUGUUCUUUAAUCAGAUGUUGUGUGUAAUCGGGAUGUUUUGUUUAAAUAAAAUCUGGUGAAUACAUUUAAUAGAAUCCGAAAUUCAUGUUAUAUGUAAAAACAAUUGCGAUACCGAAUGUUAAUAAAUCAUUGACUUUGA